GAUGUAAGAAGGAUUUUAUAAAUAAAUUUGAUUUGAUUUGACUAUGAGUUUUGAGUAAUUGUGCACUUCUUCACAUGAUACUGCAUUGCUCCAAAUAAAAGUUGUACUCCUCAUGCAUUGAGCCUUUAUAAUGUCUUAUGAGCAUUUAUGACAUAUUCAACUGUCUCAAACUGGCUGUUAUUAAGUCAGGAUCAUUCAGAUAAUAAUACCAUAUAAGGGGGUCAAAUGCUUAUGACAAGUCAUAAAAUGCAUUUAAACUGCAGCAUCUUCCAUAUACCUGUUAUCAAAUGUAUUGCCAUUGUAUCUGCUCUCUUCCACCAGGCCUGCAGGCAGCUGCAGUAAGCCACCAUGUCCAUGGCCCAGCAGCAGAACCAGGUGAUCCUCCAGUUCCACUUCGGAACCUUCGGAGACUCCAUGCUGCAGAAGAUGAACCUGCUCCGCCACCAGACCAGAUUCUGUGACGUCACUGUGCGCAUCAAUGACCUGGAGGUCCCAGGUCACAAGGUGGUGUUGGCAGCUGGAUCUCCCUUCCUCCGGGACCAGUUCUUUCUGCAGGACUCAUCCACGAGGGAGGUCCAGAUCUCCAUGAUCCAGGAGGCGGAGGUAGGCCAUCAGCUGCUCCUGUCCUGCUACACGGGAACCCUGGAGCUGCCUGAGAUAGAGCUGGUCAACUACCUAACUGUGGCCAGCUUCCUCCAGAUGGGCCACGUAGUGGAGCAGUGCACCCAGGCUCUCAAGAAGUUCAUCCAGCCGCGACCCUGCCAGGUGAAACAGCAGCCUCGGGAGGAGGAAGAAGAUGGAGAGACUCUCAGAGCCUCUCAUGCCCAGAGACUACAGGAGCUGCCCCAAGCACAGGUAGUGCAUUGUGAGGUGGAAGAGGAUGAUGAAGACGAUGAUGAUGAUGUGACAAUUCAGCUGAUGACCCCUCCCCAGAGGCAGAAGCGAGACAGGAGUGAGGGCGAGGAGAGCCCCAUCACCAUCGUAAAGGUGGAGUCCGUGUGUGAGCGGGUGUCUGAGAUGUCUGAACGCCCCUCUACCUCCACCGCAGUGCGCUUCCCGACCAGUCCCCCAUUGUCGAAACACUCCCCCGAGCCCCAGCACUCCCUCAUCAACUCCACAGUGGACACCCGGGCUAGCGAAAUGACCAUGCCACCCAUGCCAGGAUACCCACUCAGCCCCCUUCCACUACCCACCUCAGCCACAGGGAGACCCAAUCUGGGGGGGCACCUACGAAACUCAGACAAAUCCCUUCAGUGGUACCACCAGUGCCCAAAGUGUGCCCGCGUGUUCCGCCAGUUAGAGAACUACGCCAACCACCUCAAGAUGCACAAGCUGUUCAUGUGCCUGCUGUGUGGCAAGAUGUUCACCCAGAAGGGUAACCUGCACCGUCACAUGCGGGUCCACGCUGGCAUCAAGCCCUUCCAAUGCAAGAUCUGUGGCAAGACCUUCACUCAGAAAUGCUCUCUCCUGGACCACCUAAACUUACACAGCGGAGACAAGCCCCAUCGCUGUAACUACUGCGACAUGGUGUUUGCACACAAGCCCGUGCUCCGCAAACACCUCAAACAAAUCCAUGGCAAGAACAGCUUUGACAACGCCAACGAGAGGAGCCAACUACACAACGGGAUUCUGGACUUUGAGUAUGGGCGUCUGCAGGACUGUAGCAUGGACAAUAGCAUGGACAAUAAGCCAGUUCUUGUGGGUGACUCUCUGUAGCACUGUAUCGCUUCACAAAUCAAUAGCUGCGUAGUAAUGUUAGCUGAAUUGUAAACCACACUGUAAGGUACUUGAAGGUAUAACACUGAAUACAAGAAGAAGAGUUACUGUAAAAUGAGUACCAAAAAUAUGAACUGAAAUGAUUUGUCCUCAUGAGUAUUGUUUUGGCUAAGGAAGCCUACAGUAGAACCAAAGUGAUGAUAGUGUGUCUGUAGAACAUGUGUUUUUAUUGUCAAUGAUGCCUCUUUUGGAAAUGGGGUAGACGAUAAACACUACUGUUCAAAAGUUUGGGGUCACUUAGAUAUGUCCUUGUUUUUGAAAGAAAAGCAAAAAAAAAAUUGUCCAUUAA